AUGGAAGACUUAAGGGCAAGGUAUGAGAGAUUGCUGGAGGCACGGGCUCAUGCCAAGACGAGCGAGAAUAUUCUCGGAGAGUGCAUGACAUUCUGUCCCGAGCUUGAGGGGUUGGAGCGCGUGCUCAACAAUGAUGUAUCGCUUUACGAAGCUGAGGUGAUGAUCAAAAAAUAUCGCAAGACGUCUCCGGAGUCACCUUGCAUUCUUCCAGAGGAUAUAAGGCCUAUGGGGGUGCUGCUAAGCGUGGUAAACCAUGUCAUCGGGCUGUGUGCUGCUGACCAAAGCAUUCAGAUGUACAAGUUUGCCGAGAACAGGGCCAGAGCUGUUAUAUCGGACAUGAAAGUCCAGAGAGGAAGGGGAAAGGACGCAAUUGAGAUACUUGAAAAAAUUGUUAGGUUCUAUAUUGUUUUCAGAUACCUUUUGCAUGACCAUCCACACUUCAACAAGGAUAUGAAUUUAGGUCAGCUUAGGGUUGUGGUGAGUAGUCUUAUGAGGCUCUAUAGUUUGGAAGAACCCAACAGUGUUGAAAAUGACAGGAGAGAAGAGUUUUAUUGCUAUCACAUCCUAGCAUCGAUGGGUGAGAGAUAUUCCCCAAAUACGCAAAGGUGGGGCUCUAGGCCAAGAAUUAGGUUGUCAAUGGAGAUUGCAAAGAAAUACAUGCAAAGGAACGGGGCAGGAUUCUUCAAUCUGCUUCGAAAGCUUGAUUGCAUUGCAUUCUGCCUGGCACAAUCUUUUGCAGACGAAGUUAGAAUAAGGUGCAUACAGAUGUUCAAAAAAUCUCUAGCGGAAAGGGUGAGGAUUGAGUUUCUUGGAGAUCUUUUGUGGUCUAAAGAAUCUGAGGUUGAAGAGUUGCUAAGAAGGAGAGGAGUUGCGGUGAAGUCAGGAAAGGCGGACUUUGAAGAAAGAAAGGCAAGUGAAGAGAAUGAAAAUGGAAUAUCUUGCAGUAAAAGAAUAGAAAUAAAUGUGAAAAGGCCCGAGAUGUUUAUGCUAUAUGGAUGCAUUGAUUAUAGAAUCCUGAAUGCCAUUCUUUCUGAAUUGCUUUGGAAGAGGCUAAGGAGCCUCAAGCUUCAUUCCAGCCUGCAACCACAAGUCCAAGGAAGACAUCAUUCUAAAGAGAACAAGCCUGUAAUAAGAAGGAUAUGUCUUAGCGUACUUGAUGAAAUUGUAAAAAAGAUUGCUGUUCAAGUAUUUUCCAGAGUCAUGCUUUUGAACACUUUGAAGGGAUAUCUAAUCAGAUGGAAGGUUAUGGCAAGAAAAAGAUGCAGUGAUACUCUGGCUAAAAAUAUGUAUCUGCUGCUGGUCAUCUUGGACAGAGAAGUCCCCUCUAUCUCUUUCAUGGGAUGCAUCAGCACCUCCGUCCUAAGAGGCCUAGUACCUACAAUAACAUACAUCGAAAAGGUUACUAUAGACGAAAUGCUGAUGUACAAUCUCUGUGUAUUUUCAACCUCGAAAGGUAAACGCGAGGGGUUGUACGACAAGUAUCGGAUGAUUAACCUCAUUAUUGACACUCCGCAAAGUCUGUCCAAAAGAGUAGAAGAAAUUUAUGAAAGAGUUAUGAAUGCGUCCAAGACGAGGAAAUCUACUCUUCUUACCCUUGUCGAUGGAAUGAACAAAGUGCAAACUAUAGAAAUGCUGGUCAAGCUUAUAGAAAAUGGAAAAAACGGGGACAUCGUGGAAAGGAACCUCGCUCUGCUAUACGAAGGAAAGCCACUUAUUGAAUGUGAUGUCUACUAUGAAGAAGCUGGGACAGGCCGUUCCGAUCGUAGCCCAUAG